AUGGGCAGUAUUAGGUGUGUCGCGUGGGCGGAUUAUCUGUGUGCAUUGGAGUACCCGGUCGGGCGACUGGGAGACAAUGCAUUCCUAGAGGUCAUGGUGUACGUCUCUGAGGGGGUUGUAUGUCGCGGUGGCCUUGACGAGGGGAGAUCUGAGGAUGCGUUAGGGAGGUUGGAGGAGCCGACGGCUCUUUCUCGGGCUGCCGCACGAGAAUGGGUCAUCGGACGGGGUUGUCAGUCGCUCCGGAGAGGGCGAGAGAGCGGAUUGGAGAUGAUCUUGAUGGCCUAG